CUCUGUUUGGUCGUACUAUGUACUACUACGUACUCAGGCUAUCGGGCGUUUCUUUCCUCUCUACUACGCGGUGUAUCUCAACAACACUGGGCGCGACAAUUGUACAUUGUUUAAUGCUGUGCCAGAUAGCAGACCAUGGUGUAAAUGCGACGAACAACAGUGAAUUGUCAUGCGAAGCGACCGACUGAUUGACAACCGCAGUUUUGACAACCUCUCACCCAAAAGAAUCACCACGUAUGAGUCCUUUCUGAAGUCGCGCGCCACCAACCUACCCAGAGAUUUUCAUUUAAAACAUGUACACACGGUGGAGAUGAAGGGAAAAGAGGUUAAUAAAAGCGCAUGAGGAUCUGUUGGGACGUGGCAGCAAUUGCCUUUGUGGUCAAGGGCCUCUGCCAUGUCGUAUCCGUCGCAGUCCAGUUUUGGCGACCACUAUGAUGUUGGAAAUCAAGGACAGAACAUGCAAAACUCUUACAACAACGGCAGACAGUCGAUGUCUCACAACCAUUACUCCACGCAACCUUCCUACCCUGGCGACAUAAGACAAUCUCAAUAUGGGACUUCGGGCUACGAGUACUCGAGGCAGAGCCAACAGAGCUACUCCAACACUUCGCGGCACCAAGGUUAUGGCACUGAAUCAUGGAAAACUUCAGCUCCUCAGACUACGUCGUACGGUGAACAGAGGCAUCAGUCCAACACAUGCGCGAAUGCGUCCACAUCCGAAGCCGGUGGGCAAGGCUAUUACAACUCCGGCUUGUCGACUUCAACUUCCACACGAGAUACACGUGGGCUGAACAAUCUAGCUUAUGCAUCGGGUCUGGAGCAUUCAACAUCGCAGCGCCAGAACCAUCAACCGACGGCAGCAUCGAACCAGAGAUACAGCUCGGCCGCGAGUAGUGCCAUUCCAAAUCGUGUACAAUCUCCAGUCACGCAGGGGGCGACUGGAUACAACACGAAUCCGCCAAACAAUUAUGGCUAUCAGAGUGACGUUUCAUCUAAACAUACUCAACAACCGCCCGUGUCUGCCGCGGCCGCACUGGCAGGUGCUGUAAAUCGGAGGAUCCCGCAGUCUUCAACCUCCCCCGUCAUAGAUGCAGCCAGAACAGCGCAAGCAUCGUCAAUUCAAAGAACCGCCUCACCUUACUCUCAGCCCGCCCAAGUACAGGCUCAACUGCGCGCGCCGUCAGGCACGCCUCAAAACUACACGGGGUCGACUAAUACGAAUCGUGCUAUGGCGCAGCAAUGGUCACAGAACGGGAACACAAGCAACCACGUACGGUCAUCAAACAAGAGCGCACAGCAGACGUCCGUGCCGGUGAACAGUAUCUCGAAUUUGGUCACCAACACUGUGGGGGAGAGCCCACAAUCGACUUAUGCUUCGACAGAGGAUGCCCAAAGUCCGGUUCCAAGCUACGUCGAUCCCUCUAAAGUCUUCAACCCUUAUCACCUGGAGCAUGAGAGGAGACGGAGGGAAGCUGAGGCAUUAGCACGACAGAAGGCUGCCGAGGAAGCGGCAGCGGCGGCAAAGAAGAAAGAAGAAGAGGAAGCGGCGGCGGCAGCAACAUCAGCUAGGAAGAAGAGGGAGGAAGAAGAGGCUGCAAAGAAGAAAGCGCAAGAAGUCAACCUCGCCUCCGCAGGAAGAGAAGCGGCACCCAAAAAAGCUGCGAAACCGAGACCGAAAAAGAUGGCCCCUCCGGUUCAAGAGUCGGCAGCGGUGUCUCAGCCAGUCCAGCCUCACUCAGACAACCAGCCAAGUGAGACAGAUAUGGCCGCUGAACUGAAGGCCAUGAUGGAGAAAAUGAAGGAAUUCAGGAGCAAAGAUCCUACACUUUUCCAGAAGCUCUGGGAAGAUAUGCGAAAGCCGACCCAAGGCCCAACCGUUCCGGCAGCUCCUUUGCAUUCGCCCUCUCCUCAAAUGUCUCAGCAGGCUGUUCCGUCCGCUGGAGCCCGUCCUGCACCGGCAGUCUCAAACGGAGCACUGUCCUCCUCUCAAGCGCUCCCUGCACAGCCAGCAUCUACUCCAAAACCUCGCCCUUCAGCAGCCGAAGCUCGUCAACCACGAAACACACCCGAGGAUUUUCCAGGUGCUCAUCGUAACGGCUACAGGGUCGUUGUAGAAGACAACCCUGAAGGUUUACCAGAUCUAGGUCGAUUUCCGGCAGAACGACGCAUCCGUACGACAUAUAGUAGGAAGCCUCCUGCUGCAGCAAAUCCGCAGGUUCCAGAAGCGACUGGCUCUCCUGCCGCUGGGAGUCACAGCCAGGCGAGUGCUCCCCCGGCGUCUACCACAACCCAAGCAGCAAGCGCUAUCAAAUUCUCGGAAGCAAAGUCACCCCCUCUUUCACAAGGACUCCCACCAAAAGGAGCUGGUGGCGGAACCCUAUGGCCUGAGGACAAGCGGAAUGCGCUUGCUGAAGCUGCAGUCCGGACACUGAAAUCGCUGCCAGAGAACAGUGCAGUGGAGAUUGGUCCUGCAGACAUCCACGCAAUGCUGGACAAGAACCCCAGCUACAUCGACUUGUGCGAGCUACUGGAAGCAAGAGGGCUCGUAUUUCACCGGGGUCACUUUGCCCGGCAACUGCUAAGCAAUGUGCCCUACUUGACUGGCCCACAGGCGAAGCCUCUUCAGCCUCCUCAACCUCCAAGCCAAGCGCGACCUCCGCCUCCACCACCGGGCCAGGCGCCAGUGCAGCUGAAUGAGCCGCCUGCGUCCUUGUCAGCAAACCAAUCAAAUACUGCUCCUCCUUUCUCUUCUGCGGACGCCAAUCAGGCUGUCCCGGCGCAACAAAUGGCCGCUCAGGCUCCUUCUGGUGGUUUUUUGCAAGUUUCAUUUGGACCAGGAGCCUUCAAAACAGAGAAGAAGAUUUCGACUAACCAGCAGCGUUCGCAAAACCGCAGUGGUGGCAAGAACAAUUCCUCUGGGCCUUCUCGACCUGAGCCGCCCCCGGGCUCGAAGGAGGCAAUGGCCCGGAAGCGAGACUUUUCAGAAGUGGUGGAUCUCACGGCCUUAAGUGAUAAUGAGGAUUACGUGAUGUCAAGGAAGCAAGCUCGGAUCGAAAGUCCCUCUCCAGAGCGCGGUGUAAUCGAACAGUAUCAGCAACAAAUGAUGUCGGCCGCUGCACAAGUUCCUCCUCCUCCUCCCGCUCAUCCCGGCUUGCAAGGCCCGCAAUAUUUCGGGCAGCCGGUCCCCUUUCAGGGUGGAAACAUUCCCACGUACAGUACGGUUCCGCCACCCCCGAUGCCUUACACAACGGCCCCCGUCGGCCCAUUUGAUAUCACAAACCGGCCCCGUUCUGCCCUGGUCCUUGCGAAACCGAUCGACAAGAGCGAGGCUCUGCGCAAGACUUAUUACAACCCCAAGACGGUUGCCCGCGACAUUCUCAUUGCGGCGGGUCGACAUCCACAUGAGCGACCAUUAAACGCGCACAUGACGAGCCUGCUUGGGAAGUACAUUGACCUUGAUUCCGACCUCAGUACAUUUGACUGGGAUGCUGUGGACCCUGGAGGACCGGCUGUGCCACAAGUUGAGCUUGUCGAUGUCCCCACAGAGCCUCCCAAAUACAGACUGGGAGAGCGAGUCCGCCGGUCCCAGGAGCAGCAAGUUGGCAAGGUUGACGAUACCAACUUGAAUGGCCGUCCUGGCAAUAGUGACCACAAGGCUCAGAAUCCGUCCUUACCGCAUUCGGACAAGCGCGGUUUGCCUGCGCCCAGCCCGAACUUGAAGCCUCAACGUGAAGUCGCGCAACAAGCCAAAAGCAAGGACAACUUGAGGCCGAAUUCAUCCCAAUCUUCUGUUCGACCCAGUGUCGAAAUCAAGUCCUUUCAAGGGCCAAAGUCCACAAAUGUCGUGCCUCAGAAACGAAAGCAAAGCGUGACUUCACCUCUACAAACCCCGCUCCCGCAGCGAACGCGCUCGACACGAUCCUCUUCGACUCAAAUAAGACCGUCGGCGGAACCUGGCAAGAUGAGCGCGGGGUCUUUCUUUCCUAGCGGGAAAAGACGCGGCCGUCCUCCCGGCGCGAAAAACAUCCCGCGCGACGAUUCAGUCAGCGCCAAACCAGCUGUGAGGCGUGAGAUCUCCGUCAACAUUCCUUCACCCGCGACUCCAAGCCUUCCUGUAUAUCGAUGUCGCUGGAAAGGCUGCAAAGCGCACCUCCAUAACUUGGAGACCCUACGGCGGCACGUCUCCGGCGUCCAUGAGCCAUCCGCAGACGAGGCAGAGGAGUACGGGUACAUCUGUUGGUGGAAACAUUGUCGGUUCUUGCAACUCGAGGACGACGGUUUCAGGCCCGUGGAGACUUUCGGUGAUGCCAAAAAGUGGCUGAAUCACAUUGAAACGGACCACUUGCACCCGAUCGCCCUCAAGUUUGGGGACGGGCCGUCCACAAGACAUAUUGAUCCCCAGACUAUACACCAGGAUAGGACCCGAUACCUCUCGGACGAAAGCGGAAGAAUCACGACCCCUGCGGUUUCUGAAAAAUCUUUACAAGAUAUGGAACCUGAUACCAUGACGCUACUACGGGCGAAUCACGACGACGCCGAGACGAUGGCCCGCCGAAGUUUCAUGAAGACACACCGCCAGGAAAAGAACACACCAAAGGCCGUUGCGGAAGAGACUUUGCGCGCCAUGGAGGCGAGAAAGGCUGCGCUCGGGCCCGGCAUCGAUAAAGGUGGCUGCGUUUUGGUCAACGAGGCCAGAAGAGCGACAUUGACACAGAACCCGGGCAUCAGAAGAGUUGUCGAUGCUAACUACUGAUCUCGGGACAAGAUUUGGCAGAAUACUCGUGUCGCACUAGCUCUUUGCUAAUAUUUGGCCGAGGGCUGCCGCUAGUCGUUGAGAAAGAGAACUACUUCGAUGUGCCGAGUUCAGAAGGGAGAAGGGAGCUGGGCCGACGAUUGAUGCCUAGACUAUGUUUGAGUGUGGACACAGCGAGCGCAAACUGAGCUUGCGCUGAGCUCUCCAGCUACAGCUGAGCAAGACAACAAGGGGAGCUGAAGCAGCAGAAGAAGAUAGCUGAAGAAGGACUCUAAGUCUUCCGACAUCAGUCAAAAAUCGGUAAGACCUUCGCCUUCUCUAGGAACAGUUCCACUGCAUGAAUGAAUUCAAAUGAGUUGAGACCCUCAGUCUGUUUAUCAUCUUAGGACCAGUUUCAGUAGAUGUCUGGAUUUGUUGUAUAUGAUAUGGUAAUCUUUCUCUACCUAUCUUCUUGCGAGGCCUCGCUUACGCAAGUACUUGGGAAGCGAAAGCAGAAACGGCUCGUUGGUGGUAACUUGUUGCAGUCUACUCUGGGCCUGCUCAUGUCUGUCCUUGGAUGAUGGAACGUUCUCUUCUCCUCCGUUGUCUAGUCUAUGUAUGUUCUGUACUACUAUGCGCAGACCGAAUUUCCUCUCG